AUGGAGAACAGAGAGGCAGAGCAGAAGAGUGACGAGGCAGAGUUGGCGAGUGAAGGGCCAGAACCGAAGCGUAAAGAGGCAGAACCGAAGCGUAAAGAGGCGAAGGUGGAUUUCGACAUCGAUAUUGACGCGCUUCUGGCGGCGGCGAGCGACGACGACGAGCUGGAUGACGUGGACGAUCUCGAGGAGGGCCUGUGGGGCGGACGCAGCCUGGAGGAGAUCCUGAAUGACGUGUCAGAUGACGACGAUGACGUGGCAGGUGCUGGUGACGAAAACUUGGAAAGUACACCCGAGUUGGGCGUUUCUGUUCAUGAUACUACAGCUGGAGCUGCAGCUCUGCCUUCUAACGGGGAUAGCAGUCCCUCUCUGACGGUGUAUCGUUUAGAAUCAGCCUCCCCUUUGAUAGGAAACCCGACAGUCACUCUAAGCCCCUCUUCGGCCGCGUCCAAUGGCUCGUUGCCACGUGGCCCGGGUGGAUCAGGCAGCCCUGGAAGCCCUCAGUCCUUGGACGGUCGAGAUCUGUCGUUUGGCCAGUGGGAAAACGGCGGAAUGGAGAUGCACAGGGGAAAGCGGAUUGAGGCGGAGCAGAAAGCAGAAGUAAGGGCGAAGAUUACGGAUUUGCAAGGAGAGGAGGGUUCGAAUUCUGUUUUGUUUAAAGCCGUACUUACACCGCCUUUUGAGAUUCACAGUGCAGCAGAGGAGCUAUUGGAAAAAGGGGGCAGGAAGGAGAUGCAGCAGAUGGAGGUGGAAAAAGGUGACGACUGGGAGGAGGGUGAGGCGAAGGAGGGAGAGGGAGAGGGGAUGCGGUGUGAUGUGCGGGAGCCGUCGUUUGGGCAGUGGAAGGGGAGUGACAGUAAGGGGAGGGUCGAUAAGGGGAGUGACAAAAAGGGAGACGGCGAGAAGGAGAAAGAGGAGUUAGUUGAGGUGGAGGAGAAAGAGGAAGAAGAGGAAGAAGAAGAGGAGGAGGAGGAGGAGGAAGAGGAUGAGGAGGUGGAGGGGGGUGGAAUGCAGGAGGAAGGGAAGGAAGGUGAAGCAGCCCUGGCGGAAGUCGACGCCGUGCCGCCCCUCUGCGCUGAGCUGGCACCCGCUGACAUCACUCCCGACCGAACCGACCCAGCAGGUCCGGGACAACCCGAACCAGGCUUCCGGACCAACUCGCGGUCGGCCACAGCAGUGGCAGUACAUGAGUUGCUAGUGGCUGUGGGGACGGCAGGAGGGAAGGUUCUCCUCAUGCCUGUGCUACAACCAGCCCUGCACGGUUCCCCUUCCCCCCAUCAGGUCACCCCUGCCCCUGCUCCUGCGCGGAUCACAGAGCUAAUUCCCCCUCUGUCCGCCUUUGCCAGUUCCCCGAUGAGGCACGGCGGGUCGUCAGUGUCUGUGCUGGCGUUCUCCCCUGCUGCUGAUCUGCUAGCAGCAGGCCUGGCAUCCGGGGCUGUUGUGCUGUGGGAUAUCUCCUCCCUCCGCCCACGCUUCCCUGCUUCUUAUUCUUCUUCUUCUGCUGGUGGUGCUGGUGCUGGUGCUGGUGGUGGUGGUGGUGGUGAGGCGAGAGGGGGAAGGAAGGGUGGGGGGAGGGCGGGGGCGGGCGGGGGAGGUGUGGGGGGGCUGGGGAGUGCGCUGGGGGGGUUGGUGGCACCGGUGGUGAAGGUGGUGUGGGAGCAUGCUGCCGCUGUUGUGCAUGCUGGGUUUGCUGCGUCGGGAUCUGCCGCUUCUGCUGCUGGUGCUGUCGCUACCGGUGGUGCUGGUGGUGCUGCUGGUGGUGGUUCUGGUGGUGUGAGCGGUGGUGCUGGUGGUGGUGGUGCCGCUUCCACCGGCUCUGGCAAACGGGGCAUCUUCCUGGAGCUCCUAGAGCCCUACAUCCUCACAGACCACCUCAGCACACUCCCUCCCGAGGUGAUGCAAGCAUUGGUGGAGCACUACAGUGAGAGGGGAUGGCUGUCGCGCGUGCAGCAGUGUGUUCUGCACAUGGACAUCGCAUCGCUCGACAUCAACCAGGUGGUGCGCCUGUGUCGUCAGCACAGCCUGCAUUCAGCCCUCAUCUACCUCUUCACUCGCGCCCUCGCGGAUUUCGUCUCGCCAGCCCAGCAGCUCCUCUCCACCCUCCUCGCCUCCGGAGCCUACAAUAAUGGUUCCGGGGGAAAAUGGAGUAGGGAGAAGCAGCGGCAUAAGAAGCGGGAGGGGGAGAAAAAUGAGGAGGGGGAGGAGGGUCGGCAGUGCGGCUACCGCCUAUUGCUCUUCCUCAAGCUCACCUUCUCGGGCCUCAAUUUCCCUCCAGGCAGCGGUGCCAUCGCCCCAUCCCUCCUGUCCUCGGCUCAAGCCGAACUCCUCAACUUCCUCCUCAAACCCCACCGUCCGCCCCACCACCGCCCCUCCGCUCUCUCCCCCUCCUCCCACGCUCUCCUCUGCUCGCCCCUUGCUCGCCUCCUCUCCUUCGAUCCCCGCGCCACUCUGUCUGUUCUGCGCGUGAUCCUCCGCUAUUUGUGCAUACUGGAUCAGCCUCAAACGAGUACAGAGCAGCAGCCCAAAACAAGUGCAGAUUUGGCGAUGGUGGAUGGUAGGGGUCCAGGGGGAGCUUAUAACGAGGAUGCUAGUGUAGAUCCAGCAGCAGGCGGUCGACUUGUUUAUACUCUCUUAGAAAUAGUUCGCUCCUGGUGCGAGGCUGCCGAUGCAAUAAGGAGUAACGAGGACUCCAAUAAGGGAGAAAACAACACUGGAGCAGUAGCAGCAGAACCUGCAAACAUUAAAGUGUCCCCAGCUGUAUGCUCGGAGCAAGGCUCGGAUGUAGGUUUGGGGCUCGGCUUUAGUUUAGAUAGGUUCGGAGAUGCAGCAGGCAGGGUGCUAGAGCUAGUGGCAGAGGCGGCAGCAGCAGGGAGAGUGGAGCUAGAUCGAACUUCUCUCAACACCAUCUUCGUUUAUCUCACAUCCGCUACUGUCACAUUUGAUCUGCACGCCCUGCCCACUGCCUCUGCCACUGCUGUCGAUUCCACUGCUGGUGUUGGUGCUGGUGCCGGUACUGGUGCUGGUGCCCCUGCUGCGAGUAAGGGAGCGGUACAGAAGCAGCAUUCGUCCUCCUCCCCAUCGUCACCCACCUCUCGACCAUCGCUCGCUCUAACCUCCCCCUCUGUGAGGCGGGCUCAGAGGGAGGAGCGGAUGGAGGGGCUGGUGAUGGCUUUGCCUGACUCCUGUGGGGUGGACUUCAAUGCCCUCCUGCCCCUGGCACUGCAAGCCAGCUUCCACCAGGUGUGUGCGCGUCUGUUCAUGCGAACACACGGCAUGCUCGGCAUUCACCAAGCGCUCUCCUCGCUCCUCACAGACCCCCACCACCCCGACAUGCCCUUUCGCCUCAUCCAAAAGGCUGCCCUCGCUCUCACACGUAGGCACGGGGUGGUGACUGGGGAGGAGGGUGCUGCGCUGCGAUUGGCCGUUAGGCGCCACCUGGCGCAGCUGGUGCGGCUGGACGGCGGCACUUGUCUGUAUGUGGCGCUGGGGCUGCUGCGGCUGGAUUUGGAGUUGAUUGUGAGUGCCGAUCUUGCCGGCCGGCCGCAGCUGCAGUUUGCUCUGCUGCGUGCCCUCUUCUUCUCCCAUUUGCCUCCUCCUCCUCCUCCGCUGCUGCUGCUCCCAUUGCUGCCGGCACCACCGGCAGGUGUAUCAGCAUCAGCAGGCCCAAGCACAGCAUCAGGAGGAGUUCCAAAAUCAGCAGCAGGUGAAGGGACAGCAGCAGCAGCUGCUGCUGCUGCUGCACCACCAGUGCAAGAAGGACCAGAACGAAAAGGAGGGUAUGACGGGUUGGGGAAGGAGGAGGGGUGGGAGGAGCAGAGGAGGCAGCUAGCAGCAGCAGCAUCUCCACGAAUGGUAGAGCUUUAUAUCGAGUUGCUCUGUAUCUACGACCCUCCCGCCCUUCUCCCCUUCCUCCAAUCACCUCUCGCCACCUGUCGCCUCGACCGCUGCCUCCGCGUCUGCCUCGCGCACAUCUCCCCUGCGCUCGCCGCGCUGCCACGUCAGCCCGUGCCAGGUCAGCAACAGGGCGCGCCUCCGCAGGCGCCACGUCAGCAGGCGGGGGGAGAGCCAUUCCUGAACUGCCACAUCAGCGCUGCGGCGCGGGUGCUGCUGGAGCGAAUGGGGUUGGUUCACGAGGCGCUGGCACUGCUGCUGGUGGAGUUACACUGCUGCUUGCGCGCUCUGGAUAGGAGGGUUGCUGAGAUGAUGAGGAGGAGGAGGAGAAAGAGGAGGAUGGAGGUGAUGGGGAGGUCUAUAGCGGGGACAACUGCUGAGGGGCCUGAGAGUGAGGUUGGGAGGAGGGGCGAGAGUGAGGCGGGGAUGAGGGGAGAGGGUGAAAGUGGAGGCGAAAUGAGGGCUGACAUGAGGGGAAGGUCGGGUCUGGAGCAAGGAAAGGAGGGUGGGAAGAGGAGGAGGAAGCGGAUGAGGAAGAAAGAGAGUGGCGGAUUGAUGACACGAGUGCUGCAGAUGGAGGAGGUGCGAGUGCUGCUGGCCAUACAGCACGACGCUCUGGCUCUCUGUGCGCGCAGCACAGGCCGGCUGCCCCACUGGCAGUGCCGUGCCAUGUGGCGAACGCUGCUUGACUGGGCCCUUCCCAUCCCAUCUGCUCCUCCAGCCAUCCCACCAGCACACCCCUCCCCAUCACACGCGCCCCCCAACCGCUGGCACUCGCUCUACUCACACCUCCUUACAGUCACAGGGGCGUCUGGCACAGCAGCGGCAGGCAGGAGCGGGGCGCAAUCCCCAGCAGGUGAUUCCUCAGCAGAGAUGGCAGGGAUGGUGCCGCUGCCAGUCAUUGCUGCCUGGCUGCUUGGUGCUGGUGAGAGGCAGAGGGACGGGGAAAGGGGGCGAGAUCUCAUUAAACGAGGCGAGGAAGGAGGGAGAGAUUUACUGCAGGCAAUGAUUUCUCACGACUCUCAAAAAGCAUCCAUAAGGGGUGCAGGGGUGAGCGACGGCUGGGGUAUGGGGUUGGACGAAGGGGGUACGAGGAUGGGCGGAGGCAGGAGGGAGGGGGUAUCGAGGACAGCAGGGGACGUGGUGGUAGGUCUGCUGGAGAUUCUAGGCCGGGCAGGGUCGGAUCAGCAGCUGUUGGCUGCUGCUGCCCGGGCAGCCAAUACGGAUUCGUUCUCCCACUGCUCGUCCCUGCUAUCCCUCCUGCAGCACCCCACCCGCCCCUCCUCCCGCUCCUGCCGCCUCUGCUCCUCUGCCAUGUACGCCCCAGCGUCGUCAACUGCUAAAGGAGCAGCAGCAGCACCACCACCAUCCCCGCUGCUACGAUUGCCAGCCACAGCAGCUGCAGCAGCAGCAGCGUUAUCAGCCGCCGCCGCCUCUGCCACAGCAGCGGCCACAGCAGCAGCAGCGGCAGCAGGGAAGAGAUUACCAGUGGAGGUGUUUCUGUGUGGACACGGGUUUCACAGGGAGUGCUUGCAGCAGCGCCACCACGACAGCUUCUUCUUCCCUGCCGCCCACCAAUACCCUGCCUGUGGCGCCUCUGCCACCCGCCUUGUCCCCUCGCACCUCUCCUCUCCCGCUGCUCCUCCUGCUGCCAAUGCCGCCUCUUCUGCUGCUCAUGCCCCCAGUUCUGGUGGUCUAGGAGUGGGUGGGGGCAGUGGGUUGGCUGCUGCUCUGCUGGAGGUAUCAGAGGAGAGGGAUGGAGGGAGGGGAGGGACAGGAGGGGCGUCGGUUGCACCGCCGGCUGUGCCUGGUGGGACCUCUGCUGCAGCAUCCUCUUAA